AUGGCUAACAAAAACGUCAGUGUGAUAACAGAAUUCGUCCUCCUGGGACUGACUGAUGACCCUGUGCUGAGUACCCUGCUCUUUGUGCUUUUCCUGAUCAUUUAUGUCAUUACUGUAGCAGGCAACUUGUGGAUUAUCGCAGUAAUUUUGACUACUGCUCAACUUCAUUCGCCCAAAUACUUUUUCCUUAGCCACUUAGCCUUCUUGGAUUUCUGCUAUUCAUCAGUCUUUAUUCCCAAAAUGCUGACAAACUACUUGGCGGGACAGAAAGCCAUCUCCCAACCCAGCUGCCUUCUGCAGUAUUCCUUUGUCAACAUGUUCCUGACUGCAGAAUGCUUCCUCCUGGCUUCAAUGGCCUAUGAUCGCUACAUUGCCGUCUGCCGCCCACUGCACUACAAAGGUCUCAUGACCCCCACAUUCUGCAUCUCCCUAGUGGCUGCUUCUUACCUGCUGGGCUGUGCCAACUCACUUACCCACCUGAGCAGCCUGCUCAGCCUGACCUUCUGUGGCCCCAACGUCAUUAACCAUUAUUUCUGUGACAUCCCAUUGCUCUUUCAACUUUCAUGCUCGGACACCCAGCACAGUGAGACUUUGUUUGUUGUCCUCUCUGGGGCUACAUCUGUGACUACUUUUCUGAUAGUAGUUAGCUCCUAUCUGGGGAUUCUUAUCGCUGUCCUGAAAAAAAAUUCCACCCGGAGCAAGUAUAAAGCUUUAUCCACAUGUACCUCCCACCUCACUGUAGUAACCCUCUUCUAUGGAACAGUGAUAUUUACUUACCUGGGAACCAGCUCCAGCUACCCACAAGAUGUAGCCAAAAUCAUGUCUGUGUUUUAUACCCUUUUGCUGCCCAUACUGAAUCUUUUGAUAUACAGUUUGAAAAACAGGGAAGCCAAAGAAGCCAUGAAAAGAAUGAUUAGGAGAAAAAUAUUUGCUCAGUGA